AUGGCUCCUCGGAUAAAAUAUGUUAAUACCAGGAGUCUGCUUCUCGCUCUCCUUUGUCUCAGUGCGUGGACCGCAGCUCAGAUUUCCUACACGGUUUCAGAGGAGGCGGACAAAGGCGCUGCGGUGGGAAACCUCGCCAAGGAUCUAAAUCUCAGCGUGCAGCAGCUUCAUUCCACGACUCUACACAUUACAUCUGGAUACAAAAAGCAGUAUUUUGACAUCAAUCAUGAAUCAGGGGUUCUGUUUGUUAGCGACAGGAUAGACCGGGAGGAGCUUUGUCCUAAUGUGGUGAAGUGCUCUUUAAAUAUCGAGGCAACAGUGAACCACCCUCGGAGCCUCCAUCGAAUAGAAGUUUUAAUAAAUGAUAUUAAUGACAACGCACCGACUUUUCUUGAAGAUAUAAUUACAGUUGAUAUGUUUGAGUCGUCUUAUGUUGGGGAGAAGCACCCACUCCCUGUAGCGUAUGACGCAGACGAGGGUUCUAACUCCAUUAGGACUUACAAAUUGAACCCAAACGAGUAUUUUUCUCUGGAUGUGCAGAACACAGGCGAUCAGAGUGUGUCUGCAGAAUUAGUUCUGCAGAAAGUAUUAGACCGAGAAACAGAGGCUGUUAUUGAACUCGUUCUGACUGCUGUGGAUGGAGGAACGCCUCCUAAAACAGGCACGCUGCAGAUAAAGGUGAAUGUUUUGGAUGUGAACGAUAAUCCGCCAUUGUUUAGCAAACCUCUGUACAAAGUGCAAGUGAUGGAAAAUGCAAAUAUCGGAGCAGUUUUAUUAACUCUGACAGCCACGGAUUCAGAUGAAGGCGUGAACGGUCAGAUUGAGUAUUAUUUCACAGAGAGGGCACGUUUAAAUCAUUUAGAAACGUUUUCCAUAAAUAAUAAUUCUGGAGAAAUAACAGUGAAAGGCACUAUUGACUAUGAGGAAAAUCAAGCCUUUGAGCUCCGCGUGCAGGCACGAGACAAAGGCACCCCUCCCCGCAGUGCGCACUGUAAAGUUCUGGUCGAAGUCCUUGAUGCUAAUGACAAUGCUCCAGAAAUAUCAGUGUCAUCGCUUAUGAGUCCAGUUAAGGAGAACGCGGAAAUAGGCACAGCUGUUGCCAUGGUGACCAUCACCGACAAAGAUGGAGGUAAAAACGGUUUUACAAUUUGUAAAAUAAAGGACUCUGUACCGUUUAAAUUAAAAUCUAAUUAUAAAAACUACUAUUCGAUUUUGGUUGAUGGACCUCUUGACAGAGAGCAUGUUUCCAGUUAUGAAAUACAUGUUGAAGCCAAAGAUGAAGGGACUCCUGCUCUGUCCAGCUCAGCUAAAAUUACAAUUCAGAUUUCCGAUGUAAAUGACAACCCCCCUCAAUUCACAGACUCUCUAAUUUCUGUUUAUGUAAAGGAGAACAGCCAGACGGGAACUACUAUUCAUAAACUAACAACGACUGAUUUGGAUUUGGGUGAAAAUGCAAAGUCUAUAUACCGUUUAAUUAAUGGGUCUCCCAAAAGUCCACAGAUUACAGUAAAUUCAGAGACAGGAGAUAUAGUCAGUCUGCAGAGUUUUAACCACGAGGAGUUAAAAACAUUUCAGUUUCAAAUAGCCUCUUCUCAUAGUGGAUCAACCUGGUGGGUGGUGAUCAUUGGGGCGCUGUACCUGCUGAAAGAGCCGUCUGUCCUGUGGCAUCUGACAGCUAUUAAACUGAGGAGACUCAGCAGAAAGAUCACCGACACCGACACAAUGGCGAUCAGGAGAUACAGGUUGAGAUCAGAGAAGCUGUCCUCCUUUAUAGGCACACACGUGCCUAUAAAGGAGGACAGCUUCUCUGAUCUCAAUCUGCAUCUACUGAUCGCCAUUGUGUCGGUGUCGGUGAUCUUUCUGCUCAGUCUCAUCAGUUUAAUAGCUGUCAGAUGCCACAGGACAGACGGUUCUUUCAGCAGGUACAGCGCCCCAAUGAUCACCACCCACCCUGACGGGAGCUGGUCUUACUCUAAAGCUGCUCAGCAGUAUGACGUGUGUUUCAGCUCAGACACACUGAAGAGUGAUGUAGUGGUUUUCCCCGCAGCAUGUCCACCUGUAGAUGCUGAACUCAUCAGUAUUAAUGGAGGAGACACUUUUACCAGAACUCAGACUUUACCUAACUCUGAUAAGGUAAGAAUAUAUUUUAACUUUUGUGACCUUUUUUUAAGGUUGUAAAUGGAAACUGCAGCUUCAGCUUUAUCUUUUAUCUUAUAAAUCUUGUAAAAUACACAAUAGUAAAAUGUCAAGGUCAAAGUAAUUUUCAUUAUUGGCACUGACACCUCAUGUUGUACAUGUGGUGGAAAGAAAGUUUGUAUACAGGGUUCCAGUUAUAUCCAACAAAAGUGUAAAUUGUAAAAGAAAAACAGUAAAAAAAUAAAAUAAAAA